ACUGAGCGCGCCGCGGCGCCGAGAUACGGCCCCGUGAAGAGGGAGCGGGAGCAGUGCCGGCCGCGGCGCAUGAUGUGGGUGCCGCUGCUGGCGUGGCUCACCGCGGGGAUCGUCUCCGUGCCCAGGUGCCAGCGCGGCCCCGGAGCCUUCCUUGGGGCGGCCUGGCUGCUGGCGGCCGUGCCGGGACUCUGCCAGCGCUCGGAAAGCAGAUGUGCCACUUCAAAUGCAGUAACAUGCACAAAGUGUCUUGCUUUGGGUCCAGAGUGUGGAUGGUGUGCUCAAGAGGAUUUCAUGGCUGGCACAACACAGAAGGGACGCUGUGACACUGUUUUCAACUUAAUGAAAAGAGGCUGCCAAUCAGAUUUGGUUGAAAACCCCACGGUUCAUGUCACAAUACCUAGUGACCAUGAAACAAAUACACAAGUGACACCAGGAAAAGUUUCAGUCCAACUGCGUCCAGGAAGUGAAGCAAACUUUAUGUUAAAAGUUCGUCCUUUAGAGAAAUACCCUGUGGAUCUUUACUAUUUAGUUGAUGUCUCAGCCUCUAUGCACAACAAUAUAGAAAAGUUAAAUUCCGUUGGAUUUGCUUUAUCUAAAAAGAUGGAAAAUAUUUCUCUUGAUUUUCGACUUGGAUUUGGAUCCUAUGUGGAUAAAACUGUGUCACCCUAUAUUAGCAUUCAUCCAGGUAGAAUCCAUAACCAGUGCAGUGAUUACAAUUUAGAUUGUAUGCCUCCUCAUGGUUAUAUUCAUGUGCUAUCCCUGACUGACAAUAUAGCAGAAUUCAGAAAUGCAGUGAAUAAACAAAAAAUAUCUGGGAAUAUUGAUACACCUGAAGGAGGUUUCGAUGCGAUGCUCCAAGCAGCUGUAUGCCAGAGCCAUAUUGGAUGGCGUAAAGAAGCAAAGCGAUUGCUUCUUGUGAUGACAGAUCAAACUUCCCAUCUGGCCCUUGACAGUAAAUUAGCAGGAAUUGUAAUUCCCCAUGAUGGAAACUGUCAUUUGAAAGAUAAUGUGUACAUCAAAGCUACGAGUAUGGAGCAUCCAUCUCUUGGGCAGCUCUCUGAAAAAUUGAUUGACAAUAACAUCAAUGUUAUUUUUGCUGUUCAAGGAAGCCAGUUUCAUUGGUAUAAAGAUCUGUUACCUCUCUUGCCUGGUACUGUUGCAAGACAAAUAGAAUCCCAAGCAGCAAACAUCAAUGAUUUGGUGGUAGAAGCCUAUCAGAAACUAAUCUCUGAAGUGAAAAUUCAGGUGGAUAACCAGAUCCAAGGUCUUCAUUUCAAUAUCACUGCGAUCUGUCCUGAUGGAAGUAAAAAACCUGGCAUGGAAGGAUGUAAAAAUGUGGGAUAUAAUAAAGAAGUACUUUUCAAUGUAUCAGUUACAAUGAAAGGAUGUCAUACAAGUGGAGGAAGAAAAUAUGUCAUACUUAAGCCUAUUGGUUUCAAUGAAACUGCCAUUGUCAAUGUGCAGCAAAGCUGUGCCUGCCAGUAUGGAGACAGCACAGGGCACAAAGGAGUGUGGGCUGAUGAAACUUCUCCUGACAGCAAACAGUCCCCGUGCACUGACAGUGACUGCAGCUCUAACAGAGACACACUUCCCUCAGAGAAGUGCAGGCAACACCAGGACCAACCCAUCUGCAGUGGUCAAGGAAAUUGCAUAGAUGGAAAAUGUUUCUGCUACAAAAACAAGCUAGGCAAGGUGUAUGGCAAGUACUGUGAAAUGGAUGAUUUUUCCUGCCCCUAUCACCAGGGAAACUUAUGUUCUGGUAAUGGUGAAUGUGAAGGUGGUAAAUGCAAAUGCUUUGCUGGCUGGGAAGGUGAUCGUUGUGAGUGCUCAUCACAAUCAGCAAAGCACUGCCUGAAUUCAAAGGGCCAAAUUUGCAGUGGAAGAGGAAAAUGUGUAUGUGGAAAGUGUGAGUGCACAGACCCAAGAAGCUUUGGCCGUUUCUGUGAAUAUUGCCCUACUUGUAACAAAGCCUGUGAAGAAAACUGGAACUGUGUUCACUGCUAUCAUUCUAAUAAUGCAUCUCAAGUCAUACUUGACCAGUGCACAACCUCAUGCACUUACCUACUGCAUUAUAUUGAUAAUUCUUCAGAUUGUUUCUCUGGACGAAACUACUUUAGAGUCUUUUCCAUAAUCUUUAUAGUUACUUUUCUGAUCGGGUUGCUUGUUGUCCUUAUCAUCAGGCAGAUAAUUCUGCAGGGGAGUAGCAAUAAAGUUAAAUCUUCAUCUGAUUACAGAGUAUCUACGACAAAGAAGGAUAAGAUGUUUUUGCCUACAGUUUGUACAAGAACAGUAACAUACAGACGUGACAAACCAGAGGAAAUAAAUAUCGACAUCAGCAAGUUGCGAUUAAACGAAACUUUCAAGUGUGAAUUCUGAAGACUGCAAAUGUCUAUUUCCAUCAUGCUCGACUUUUAAGAAAUUACCUUUUGUACUCUGUGGGAGUCUUGACUGUUGCCAUAUGGUUUUGUGUUGUGCAUUUUGUUGAAUACUGUAACAAAUUGACAUGUAAACAUAUUCACAUUAUGUGAUUAUGUUUGGAACUAUAGCUGCUGUAUUUUUUAAAUUUUUUUUUGAAAGAGAAAUGUGCGUUACUACUGUUCAGAAACAUUAGUGUUGAUGUAGCACUUUAGCAUAUUCUAAUUUAUUUAGUUAUGGCAUAGAAUGUAGAUACAAACUGGUCUGACAAAGCACUGAUCUCACUCUACAUGUAGCUGGUACUGAUGUGCUCUGUGGGAAUGGACAAAAGCUGUGACUGGAGUAUUAACAUUGCUGUAUAUUAUAGCAAUAGAUGAAACUAUUAAAAUGCUCUUUAAUAGAGUAAAUGGUACUUUUAUAUUUCUCUCAGUUGACAGAUUCCACUAAUUUGUCUGCUUAUUCCUCUUAUCUUUUUCUCAUAAAAAUGAUGGGAUUAAAUGAGUGUUUAGUUCCUGGUAUAGGUGUAUGUUGUGUAUGUAUGCAUACACAUAUGCAUGCACACACAAGUAAAUUAUAUAUUUAUUGGGUUUUUUGUAUGGAUGAUGUCAUUUAAGGAUAAUUUAUAUCUGAUAAAGAGUAAUUUUAAGCUUUUUUACUUGUUUAAAUAUAAUGCCCCAAUUUUAUACAAAACGUAAGGUGUUUGGAAACUGAGUGGCUACAGAAAAUGAGACUUCCUUUACCCAACAGCAUGGUCUACAUGAUGAUCACUGCCAGCAGACUACGCCUUUAGAGUCAACAGCAUCAACUCCAUUGCAAAUAGAUAAAUUACACCAGAGCUGUGUUUGGUUUGCUAGCUACAUGUCAGUGUUUUGCCAAAUAAGGACUUGGAUCUUUUUAUAUGAUGUCAGGCAUAAGUCUGAUUUUACAUGUGCUCUUUUUCUAUAUGUAAAUUAGUUUAUGAGAUUAGGUUUUCUAAGAUUUUUGUAACUACUUCAGUUUUUUGUGACUGUGCAUUGAGAAGUGUGUCCAGUGUGUGAUGGAGAAAAGAACCUGAAAACUAGAAGAAAGAGAGGAAAAUAAGAGUCUUUUUCUCAAAACACAUUGAUUGACUUUAUAUAUAUGGAUCAGAUUCUGCAUUCCAGAAAUGUGCAAAACUCUUCCAAAUAUGGCGGAACCAAUAUAAUCUUAUCUGAGAGCAGAAUGGGAGCUAAAAAGUCAAGCAGAAGCAUCUUUUUUUUAUCCCUGAAACCAGCUAGAGUGGUAGAACACAUGUUAUUGUUAUAUGAUUGUUGGAAGUGUCAGUCUGAUUUACUAACUCCAUGCUGCUGAAACCCUAUGAAAAUCUGAUCAACCUCUAAUGCACUAAAACCUUGCUGGCAAAAAGAAAAAUCAUCUCAGAAGUCAGUGUAUAAUUUCACUAACAUUUAUUACUAAUACUAAAUACUGUCACUAUUUGUCAUAGAUAAGAGUUACAGAAACAAAGCAGGACUUCCUUAUGUGCAGUCUUUAGAAAUUACUUGUAUUUUCUAUUCUGUAUUUCUUCUGUAAAUUCCCACUGAAACCUGAGCACUGUGAGGAUUGAAAGGAAGGCAGGGUGUAGAAAAAUGAUGAGUGUUUUAUGAGUGUUAAGUUUCUUGGGUAAUAGAUCAAGUGGGAUUGAGAAAAAUAAUACACAGACAAUGGGCCUUUCAUUAGUCAUAAAAGCUUAGGGAUUUUUUUUUUAAAAAAUGUGUAAAUUGGACUAUUAAAUGUUUUUAAAGCAGUCUCUGAAGUAGGUCCUGAGCUUUCUACCACACAGGUAAAAUUAUCUCA